GUGGGAUGACUGCAGCAUCGCCGCGGAGUCCUUGGCAUUGCUCAAUCUAGGGUGUGGGAAGGGGAAAGUGAUUGGGAAGGAGGGAAGGCCAGCCCAGGCUGCAGGGCUGGAGGUGGCUCUUGGUCCCCAGAGGCUCAUGUGGCUGCCAGCUUCAGUGUUGCAAGACAGCGCUUACAAUGUCCAUGCUGCAGCGGCUUCCCAAAGUGACAGGGGGCUUCCUCAGGCCGUGAAAUAGGUGGGUGUUGAUGUAUGCCAAGGACAGGGCAGCAGAGGGAUGCAGGAGCAUCCUGCCUAGCAUCUCCCAGGGCACCCAUGCUGCAACCACCAGUGUGGUUUCAUCCAACUCCCCAGGGGUCAGUGCUGACCCCCUGGCUCCCUUCCACAUGCGGGUCCCAGGAGGCAGAGCAAGCUCCAAGGUCCUCAGCCAUGCUGCAAGAUUUAUAUUUCUGUCCUUUAUCAGGCUUUCCUCCCCCUCAUCCAUGUGAUAGGCAUCUGCCUGUCCAGGGUCUGAAACCCCCCUUUUGCUGGAGGCAUCUCUGAGCCUUCCACCUUCAUCCCAUUUGUGUUUCGGGUUUCCAAGGAGCAACAGGACCAUUGCACAGCCAUUUGAACUGAGCUUUCUUAGGGUUUGGCCUCUUGGUACAACCCCUGGCCUAACCAAGCUGCCAGCAUCCAUUGUGCAGGCUGGGAUGUCAGCAGCGGCCCUGGGUCACCAGCUGCUGAAGGGGGGACAGUGGCUACAUCACCUCCUGGUGUGGCACCUCUGAAUGCAAGCCCAAUGCAAUGGCAGUCCCCAGCCCAGGGCUUCUCUCCUGCCUGUCUGCCUCACCCGUGGAGGCACCGCACGCAGUGGGGGUGUGUUGGGGUGGAAGUGGUAAGCAGGUUUAUUUUUGUUCGUCUCCUGGCUCGUGCCGCUCCGAGUUUGUGUCGCCCGGCAUUACUAACGCUUCCCUGCGCCAGCUGGCAGCAGGGGAUGAAUCAGAUCAGCAGUGCCAUGGUGCAGACCCCUCACUGGGCACGGGCCUUUGGGUGAUGCCUCUGGACAAAGCGCUGGCGAUGUCUUUUUUUAGUGAGCCCUGGCACCAAAACGCCCUUGGCUUGAUCUUGCAGCUUGAGAAGCCUCAGUAGCCUGCAGGGCAGGGUUGUCCCCUCUGCCCUAUGCUGCCUGCUAGGGCCAGCUGGUCCCUGUCCCCCCUGCACACUGGAGGUCUUGGGUAGCUUCAUGAGCUAUUCUCUACCCACCGGCAGCAUCCCCUAGCUGGAGUCUGGUCCAGACCAUGAGGAUCCAGAUUAUCACCCAGCUGCCAAAAGGGGCACUUCUGCAGUUGUUUGGUUCCUCUCCCCCGUGGUCAUGACCUGACAGCAGUCACAUGGUGCCAUCGCAUACCUGGUGAUUCCUGUUCUCUCCAAAAUACACACACAGAGAUGCAUGGACCUUCUCUCCACUCCCUCCCAAACACAUUGGUAGGGGGUGGGGGGGGAUUUAGGCAUCUGUUUCUUCCCCCACGAGUGUCGCUGGGGCUGCAGAAGUUGGCACACUGCUUGUCAGUGUCACUUACCCCCAAGAGGGUAAUCUGGAUCCUCCUGCUUGCUGCAGCCCAAAGCAUCCUGAAAAUGCCAUGGCUGCUUGACACCUCGGGGACAGCGGAGAGGGUCUGCCCAGAAUCUCAAGGUUUGGAAGAUGAUGAUGAUGCUGAUGAUGAAUUGAGCUACUCCUGCCACUCUGUGUGUCCUCCACUGCAGUCCAAGAGCUACGAGAAUCUGAGUGAUAAUCAGGUGGAGGAUCUAGGAGAAGCCAUCCCAUUUUCCCUAAAUUCUAAGCACUCUCACAUGGUGGAAGACAAAGCCGAGAAAAAUAGAACCUAUGCUGGGAAGUUGGCUGAGUAUGCACAGGAGCUUGAGGAGGAAGCUCAGGAGUUUCAGACACCAUUUAACAAAGACAUGAAAAGGGUUGGCAGCUUGUCCGAAGAUGAGGAACACAGCUGAGUCUGUCACUUCCCUGUGCAUCAAAGGUCACACAUCCUCCAAACAGCAAGUAUGGAACCCUGUGGCUCCUAUGACUCUUUCCAGUGUAGCAUGGGCAAUCACUCGGGGAUUGAUGCCUUUUCCCUGAGGGCCCAUGCCAGUGACCCUUAUCUGGGGUACCCAGAACAUAUCAAGGGAGCAGGACCCCACAUGCUGUAUGAGGAGGCCAUCAGGGACAGGCAGUUCCAAUUGCUGCAGCUGACCAACGACAUGCUCAGAGAGGAGAAUGCCAUGCUCAGAAGGAUACUGAGCAUGCAGAGCUUCAUGAAGAGCCAGGUGUGCAUGAUACAGAAGCUGCAGAGGCAGCUGAAGGCCAGCCUGGCCAAAGAAGAGAGGGAUGCCCAAGAGCCGCAGACCUUUGCCCAGCAGAGUGAGUGGAACCUCCAUCUAACGACCCACCGGGAUCUGGAGGCAGAAAGCAAUGUGGAAAAGCUGAAGCAGAAGAUCUUUAUUCUCCAGGGAGAGCUGGAGAGCUCCAAGGCAGAGAAUGAAAACCUGAAAGCAGGCCAAACACCUGACCUGGGAGCAAUGAAACACAACAUAGAUUUUUCCUCGUGGAACCUCCAUGAGGUAAUAAUGUGUGCAAACUGGUCCAUCAAACAGCUCACCUCUGGAGAAGAGUUGCUGCAUUUUGUUGCUGAGGUCCUUGAAUCUAUGGGCGAAAUUCAUAAAGUUGAAGCAGGAGAAGAGCCGUGAACUCGGGUCCUACAGAAGAGUGUAUGGAUCAAGACCACGGGUCUCCCACUGCAGCCUAUAUUAAAACCAUUUGCUCUCAUGUGCUUGAAUGUGUGUUCAGAUUUGUAGCCUUUAUUCUUCAUGGAAAUUAUUUCUUGUGAUUAAGUACAAACUGCAGGUAGGGAUGUAGUUUUAGCUUUGUUCUGGAGCUGUGGAC